AUGUCUGGCGCAAGACAUUGGGAACAAGAUAAAGAGGCUACCGUCUACAUUGGGAACCUCGAUGAGCGGGUCACAGAUAGCCUGGUAUGGGAGCUGAUGCUUCAAGCCGGGCGCAUCGUUAACGUUCACCUGCCGAAAGAUCGAGUCACACAAUCGCAUCAAGGUUAUGGCUUCGUGGAAUUUAUCAGCGAAGAGGAUGCAGAGUAUGCUUCGCGCAUCAUGAAUGGGAUUCGCUUGUACGGAAAACCCAUACGCGUGAAUAAGGCAUCCGCCGACAAGCAGAAGUCCGUGGAAAUAGGUGCAGAGCUAUUCGUCGGUAACCUCGACCCAAUGGUGACAGAGCAGGUUCUAUAUGAUACUUUUAGUCGCUUUGGGAAUUUGUUAACUUUACCAAAGAUCGCAAGAGAUGAUAACAAUCUAUCGAAGGGCUACGGGUUCGUAUCAUUUGCCGACUUCGAAUCGUCGGAUGCCGCCAUAGCCAACAUGAAUGGCCAGUAUCUGAUGAAUAAACAAGUUUCAGUCCAAUAUGCAUACAAGAAGGACGGCAAAGGCGAGCGGCACGGUGACCAGGCGGAGCGGAUGCUGGCGGCGCAGGCUCGUAAACAUAACGUGCGUCCGCCCACUCAACCUCUACCGACGCAGUUUUCCGGAACAGGGACUCCUUCGGUACCGGCAGGGAUCGCUAAUGGCGACAAUUCCCGGCCCGUGAGCACUGGUCCACCUGAUUUGGGUUUGGGGAGGGGCAUGCCGCCUCCCACUAUGGGCUAUCAAAAUACGCCGCCUACUCAGCCGAAUCGACCAGUUCAUCCUCCUACAUCUCUAGCGACCCCGCCGCCAGGUUUGCCAGCACGGCCUCCACCUUCGCAAGCGGGUUACGGAGGACCGCAAGCUUUUCUUCCCACUGGCUUCAAUAGUGCUGGUCAACAGCCACCCUACCCUGUCCAAGCAGCAGCUCCACCGGGUUUUGCACAGCCGGGCUACGGCCCUGCUACGGGUACCCCUGGGCCUCCCCCUCCGCUGCCGCCAGGGUUUCAACAACCUGGCUAUGGGCGAGGUCAUUGAAUCUCAAUAUCGCAUUAGCCAUGUUUUGAAUAAUUAUUCGAAUAACGACAGCUGGUUCCACCGGACAGCUCUCGCUCCGAAGGGUGUACUUGGCCCAGAACAGCCCUGGAACAGAACGCUUCCCCACUUUACGAUAAGAAGACGCUUGUAUGUUUUCUUCGAGGCGCUUCUCUUGCAUGGACUUACCGCAUAAUCCCGUUACAAUCAAAACCUGAACUCGUGCAAGAAUGACCCUUUCUUGUUUCUCUGCCACUAAACACACUGGUGCUUGUCAAUGCUAGAUCGAUGCAUAACGCGUGAAUGCAAUUGAUGGUGAUGGCUACAGAAUCCGGCGAUUCUACCAGGCCUUGCAGCGAACCCCAUAUAGCGGACUGUACAACAAAUACCAUUUCAGCGAU